UUGUCGCUAAGUUACGCUAGUUACGUUUCAGUUUACAAUUGUCGAAGCCCCGAAGCUGUCCGCGUAACCUCGAUAUUACAAUCGAACGUGAUCAUUAAUUAAUUAGCGAUCACAAUUGUAGAGAUACUGUGCGCAAUGUGGCGCGAGCUUUGGUCACGCGCCCUCCUGACGUGCGCAAUCGGCGGUUGCUCGAUUCUCGGCGAUUACGGACUCAGAUCAGUGAAGAACGAGUCAGAGCGCGCGCUGUUUGACAACAUGACGCAUGCGACGGUGGGCGGUCUCACGUGGACGUUGAUCGUCGUCCUGUCACGUAAGCCGCUCGUCCGCAAUCUGAAUAGUAUAUUCUCCUGCUUCCUGUUGGCGUCCUUCAUCGAUUUGGAUCAUUUUAUCGAGGCGCGCAGUUGGCACAUUCAUGACGCCACGCAUUUGCAGAAGCGGCCGUUCUUGCACUGUACUACGGUUCCUAUUAUUUCAUGGGUACUUUUAAAUUCCUUAUCUAAGACUUUCCAUUCUCCGUUCAUAUUGGAACACACUUCCUGGGUGAUUUUGGCUUCCUUCCUGAGUCAUCACAUUCGAGAUGGUACCAGAAGAGGUUUGUGGUUCUGUCCCUUCGGAUCUACCCGUCCUAUUCCCUACUACCUAUACGUGAGUCUUUGCAUGUUCCUUCCUUACAUAUUAUAUUGGCUCAUGAGUCUGCAAAAGUUUGCGCAAAAAAGUAACGGCAAUAUUACUCUCAUCGACGUAUGAGACUUGCCGUAUAAAAUUGUACUCAAAAAGUACAAACAAAAAUCUGAUAUUCUUUUAAAACUAUAUAUAUGAGAACAAUCGAUAAACUGCUUAAAUUAGGUGAAAAACGCGAAAAUUAGACUUUCUGGAAAGAAAAAGAUAUAAUUUUUCUAAGAUUAAUAUAAACUGAUAUUUACUUUAAUAUAAUUUAAUUUUAAUUUUAAUCACAUACAAAAUUUAAUUUAAUAUUGAAAAUAAUUAAAAAAAACUACAGUUAUAGAUGAUCACAAUUCUUUACAACUGUUUUAUUCAAAUAUAAGUAAUUAAUAAUUUUCAUUAUAUUAUAUGUAAAUUAUAAUUUUUUUAUUUUUUUUUUUUUAUACAAAAUUAAUGUAAGAAAAACAAAAAUGUACUUACCGUAGUAAGUAAAAAUUAUUUUAUUAUAUC